UGUAUCGUGUGCUAUAUAUAUUUCUCUCUUUCUUUGUCGCCAUAUUGUUCGCGCGCGCUUUAAUCCGUUAAAAAAAGGCAGAAAGAAAAGAUAAGAGAACCAGAGGAAGAGAUACCGUAUACUUAGUACCUACUAUCCGUAAAAGAAAGGCCGUGAGAGGUGCCGGGCAUCAAUCGUGCAGUAUCCAAAAAUGACUGAGCCAAAACUGGACCACGUUGAUUCUGUGGAUGAUGAGUUGGAAAUUGACUCAAACUACAAGCCCCCACCAGAAAAGACCAUUGAGCAAAUUCUCGAAGCUGAUAAAGAAGACGAGAGCUUGAGAAAAUACAAGGAGACUCUGCUUGGUGAAGCUAAAGCUGGUGGUGUGAUAGUUGAACCCAAUGAUCCCCGAAAAGUGAUUGUUAAAAAAUUAGCACUGUGUGUAGCAGAUCGACCAGACAUGGAGUUGGAUUUAACUGGUGACAUUUCACAACUCAAAAAACAAACGUUUGUCAUUAAAGAAGGCGUCAGCUACAAAAUUAGAAUUGAUUUUGUAGUACAAAGAGAAAUAGUUCAUGGUUUGAAAUAUGUCCAAAAAACUUUCCGUCUUGGUGUUCCAGGGGUAACAGUCGACAAAAUGACGCACAUGGUCGGCUCCUAUCCUCCCAAGAUGGAGCUCCAUUCUUACACAACACCAGCUGAGGAUGCGCCCUCGGGUAUAAUGGCUCGUGGCUCCUAUACUGUGAGUUCACUUUUCACGGAUGAUGACAAACAUGAGCAUCUCAAAUGGGAGUGGUCAUUCGACAUUAAAAAAGAUUGGAAAGAAUAGGUGCCAAUCACACUUCUUGUCUCGGCUCGUGUAUGAGAAUGAGGAAAGAAAACACGUCAAGACGGAGCAAUUCUCUCAUUGUCGUACGUUUUUUUUUUUUUUUUUUUUUCAACUAGUAAUCAUCACAUAUUUUACAAAUACGAGAUUACUUGAUAAAAGACAUUUAAUUCGCGGAUGCCAAACGCAUUUUACUUUUUACUUUUUAUGUAAUGAAUUUUGAUUGCUUGUGAGCAUUGAUGAAGAAUCUAAUGCCAUAAUGAAUUUCCAUUAUUGCUUAUGAGGGCGCUAAUGAUGUUCAAAUAAGUACUUUAUUUUCUUUAUUCAAUCAUUUAUGUAAUUUGUUGAUACAUUGCGUUAAGUGAAUGUGUGUUCUUUUUUGCAAGACACGUAUAAAAAUAUUGUUACUAAAAAUGCAUUAAAUAGUUGUGUAAUAUUAUUUAUUAACUGCAUUUUUGACAAGUGCUAUAAACACUUAAAGUAUUAAGAGAUGAAAAUCCUAGUAAGGAAUUUUAUGCUAAAUUUAAAUCUAAAGAGAGUUAACUGCACAACGAAUGGCCUGUUAGUUACAUAUUGUUGUUAACACUUAUUAACAAAGUUGUAGACUUUUCAAAAAUUUAAUAGUAACAAAAUGUCAAUUGUAGUGUAAGAAAAGUGCAAUACAACGACCCACUAUACAACGAAACAAUCUCCCAUUCAUACAACGAAAAUUCACUUCAAAAGCAAUAAAAAAAACUGUAUAGAUUGGUGACUAUUUUUGAGACUAUCUAUCAAAUCGAGUGCGAGUACGAUAUUUUUUUUAGCACAUAUUUAUAUUGUAGAUUCAAAGAAAAAUAGGUACCAACGUUGUGUAUUUUCUUAGCAGGCUGCACUUUUGUAAAAAGACAUUUUACACAGACUACACGAUUUAGAUAAAAGAAUACAGACACACAUACACGUAAAAUACUCGUAGUACAAAAAUAAUAUUUUUGCACUGACCUUAAUGCAAUGCGCGUCAAGGAAAAAGGUGUCGGAAAGAUAAUAACUACAUGUAUUAAGUACACACUUUUUUGAACAUAUGUUUUUAAUGAAUGCAAAUAUGAAGAGUUACGUAUGAUAGAAGAUUUAAUUGAUUAUAGAUGACGUAAAGUUACAUAAAGUUAAAAAAAAAAAAGAAAAUUUGUUUGUAGAUACAGCUAA